AUGAGCUACAUAAAGAUCCGAGUGAUCUUAGAUCAAGAAAAAGAUGUGCUGAAGCAGGACGGAACCCCAUGGCACACGGCUGUCUUCGCGUUCCGUGCCAUCGAAGAGACUAAGGUACAGGUCUGGAAGAGGUUACCAAGGAACUGUUCGGACCUCGACACCAGGAACACCCAUGACACAGGUUCCAACAGUGCUCUGCGUCAACCCCACCCCAUAAAUCGAGCCCUCAGUGUAGAGGCAGAAGUCUUCCUCAUCAUGUGCACUCCUUCCAUUCCCUGCCUUCUUCUCGUCUUCCUAUUUUCCUCGGGGAUUCUAUUUUCUUCCUCAUCCGCUCGAGCGAAGGCUCAACGCGGUGGCCAAGGAGCUUCGAACGAGAACAUCAAGGAAGCUAUAUUGUCGAUGCAGGGCUCUCUCCUCGCCCUGGGAGAUAAACUACAGAGGCAUGAGUAUCGCUCUAAUCACGUUGGGGAACAAACGCUGCAAAGCCUCCGUCGCCUCGAUGGAGCGAGGGCUGGAGCUGACAAGAACAUGGAGAACAUCGCCGUUCAGCUCGGUCGAAUGGACGUCCGCAUUGCCAAAAUGGAGAAGCUCAUGGAACAAGAAAAUCAGCACGAGAGGGAACAACUGAUGAAGAUCAGCGAUACGAUCGCAUCCCUCGUACAACUCGUUUCCGGGCGGAUCGAUCAGAUCCAGGAAGUGGCCGAGUCCAACGGUGAGAUCAUCAAGCGUCUCCGAAGGAUCGAAAGAAAGUCUGAAACUGCGCUCGAAUCUUCGGGAUGCGACAAGAUGAAGGAUCUGGAAGCUCAAUGGGAGAAAAAUCUGAAGGAAACGGAAACCUCCUUGAACUUGUUCCGAGAUGGGAUCAAGUUGAUGUCGGAGCAGUUGGAUUUGAAUCCGGAGAAGGAAGAGAAGAGAUCCACGGGGAUGCAGCUCGUCGUGGAAGCCCUCAGAGACCUGAACGAGACCGUGAGCAAAGGGUUCCGGAGUCAGGAACAAGGCAUGGCCGCGGCCAGGGCUGACGCCGAGAUCGGGGGUCUCGGCAAAUUGGAACAGGUCAUGCUGGACUCUGCCGAUUUGGUCCUGUCCACGAAGAAGAGAUUGGAAUACGGGAUCCAGCAGAUCCUGCAGGAAGUGGGAGACGCGGUGAAGACCCAGAGCGCCCGACUCGACGAAUCUCUCUCGAAGGAGAUCGUGGAGACGCGGACGUGGAUCCUCGGGAAUCAGAGCCAGGAGCUGAGAGAGGUCACUCAGGGCUUAGACGGAGAGAUCAAGCAAGUCUGGAGGCAGAUCGGAGUCCUCUAUAAUCAACUCUCCCUCAGUCAGGACGUCCUGAUGACUGUGGAAAACCAGACCAAGACCUACGUGAAUGGCAGCCUGGACAAAGUCGGUCGAAUGAACAAUCAGGUCGGGAUGGUGAUGGAACGGAUGGCGGACGUGGAGGACAAUUUGAAUUACCUGCUCGGUCGGAUGUCCUUGGUUGUAGACGAAUUCAACCAGAUGAAAAAAGCCCUCGGAGACCAGUUCAACGCCCUACGGAGCGACAUGGACGAAGUGAACAAGGGAGUGUCGCCAGAGGAGAAGCUGGCUGAGGAAGGCGUGGGUGACGUCACGGAACUUCCCGUCGGCCCAAUCCAGCUGACGCAAGGACCUCCGGAGGAAACCACCGGAUCCAACGAAACCUAGUCGAGAAGCAAUCGAUCCGUCCGAACGAGUCUUAUCGAUAUCCCUUUUUAUUUUUCUUCUGUUUUGGAAGGGACGACGUAGGAAUAAUAGGAUUAGGACGAUCGCAUUCCUUCAUUUCUGCAUCCACCGUAUGAACCUCGGCUCUUCGAGACGGCAUGGUAAAUGAGGGUAUUCAAGAAGUCCGGAAUAAAACGAGUUGGCAGCCUCUCCUGAUAUCCAUCACUCGUCGUAUGAUCAUCGCGUAUAAGAUGUGCUUGAUGAGAGCGGGAGAGUGCGUCGCGGAAACGUUUCGUUUGGGGCACAUGUACUCGAU